UCCGGGUGCUGAGGAAUUCAGGGAAAGAAGCAUAGAACCUUAACUAGCACCUGCAGCUCAUUAAGCUCCUGGGCGACCAGAACUGAGGGAACACAGAGGUCUCAGGCAUCACUGGUAUGUGUCAUCAAAAGGCUAGAAGACAGACUGACAGACGACUGACAGUGACUAAGAAGCGUAUUGCAUAGGUCUAGGGGUCAGGAUAGGGCCCAAGGAAGGUCCAUGACACCUAGCAAAGGAGAGGCUUUGAGACUCCAGCCAGCACUAGAGAGGGGACCCCUCUGCUCUUCAGCCUCAGGAGGGCAGGGUAGAGAGGACACAGCAGGACAACUGCAGCUGGUGCCAGCCAGGCCUGCUCUCCACCAGCAGGACCCACUGGGGAACUGUCCAGCACAGGGUGCUGCUGAAGGAACAUAGGCCACCUACUUUUGAGACCCCAGGCCUGGGCUUAGCUUGUCCUGGUUUCCCACUCCUGCUGCUGUGACCCCACACUUCUUGAGGGCCCUACUUGUGGGUUUCCUUGCCUCUCAGCAUCUCCAGGUGCUCCCUUUUAUCCUCCAAAGCAAGGACUGAGGUUCCCUGCUGUGCCCUAAAUUGGGGGGGGGGGGUCCUCCCCAGGAACAGGUCCCUGCUCAGAGCAGUGCGAGCUCUGCUCCACUGUUGCCCAUUCUGUGACCCUGGACUUGCCUGAGUGGCGCCUGGCAUGCAAUGGGAGCCUGGAGAUCCAGCAAGUGAGGAGCUGGUCACCUCCCUUCCAGAAUCCUAUUCUCCAUGGGUGCCAUGAGAGAACCCCUUUCCCGGAGGGAAGAUGUGAAAGGAGUCGGGGCAUGAUCCAGUCAGAAGGGGUCCUGGAAAGCAGAUCUUUUCACACUGGGGAGCCUGGAUUUGUGGGUGGGGACAGCAGGAAAUAGCCCAGGGAGGACAGAGGCAGCUGUCUGCCCCCAGCUGCUGCAGGAAAAGUGGGAGGGGGGAUGUAAAGUAGAUAUUUAGGAAGCAAAAAUGGGAGUUUGGUUUUUUAUUGUUUGUUUGUUUGUUUUUAUGUUACUGAGAAUCAUACUCAGGGCCUUUGAACUGAGCUACAUCCACAGCCCCCAACCCUAUUUUUUAAUUUAUUUAUUUAUUUUGAGACAGAGUCUCACUGAGUUACCCAGGCUGGGCUGAAACUUGUAAUUCUCCUGCCUCAGCCUCUGAGAGUGCUGAUCGGCAUGUGCCGCGGUGUCCAGCUUCAGCUUCAGCUUUUAAACAAACUGCUUACUUAAUCCUAACAGCCUCAGGGAGUUGGUGCUACUCUGACCUUCCAUAUUAACUGAUGGGGAAACCGAGGACCCAAGAGGCCUGGGGAUCACAGCUAGGAAGGAACAGAGCUGAGAGUCAAGCAGAAACCAGCUCCAGAUGUCAGACUUCUAACAGGGGCGCUACUAUCGCUGGGGCUGGGGCUGGGGCUCCUCCUCUGUCCCUAUGCAUCAAAUGACCAGGGAGACGCCUGGGCAGUGGGAUCCUUGUGGGAAGUAACUGUACGAUUCAGCCGUGUGGCCCCCAGGAACCAGGGUCUUCAGGCUCCAGAGCCAUCAGGGCUCGCCUAGAUCAGGGUGUCAGUAAAAGUUAGGGGGUGAGAGGCACAGGCUUGACCCCUCCCAGCAGGCCUUGUGCUAGAAAGUCAUUUCUAGGCUGCCACUCACCCAUUCAGGGCAGAGCCGUCCCCCAGUGGCCAGCAGACACAGGCUCAUGCCCACUUUGCCCUCUGCUGGGAAAAUGAGGUGAGCAAGAUUCUUGGGGUGGGAAGAGCUGGGAAAUGUCCAUACUCCAGCACAGGCCUGGGGCGUACAGGGCCUGGGGCGCAAAGGGCCUGGAAAGGUGAGGGGUGUGGCACCUGGAGAACCAGUGCCUAUGUGUCUUUCCCUGGCGAUCCAGACUGGAGAUAUGGGUGUCUGUGUCAGGGGUAGAAGCAACUGCCAGAGGCCUGGGGCAGCUAGUGGACCACCAGGAAGAAAAGCCUCCAUUGUCACCCGCUGGCUAGGUGCCAUGAGGUGCCCUUUGGGGCUAGUGCCCCCAAGGGUGGUGAAGGAAAAACAGUGUGAGGCCUUGCCUCUUCUCCUUGUUGGGGACACCCAGAAAAGGCCUGUUUCCCCGUGUGACUGGUUCACUGGAGGGGACACUGGGCAGCCUAGAGUAGAGGACCCUAAGUUGGGGGACACUGCAUGCUAGUCAGGUGGGGUGUUCCUCCGCAAGGGAGCCAGAGAAAGGAGGAGGCACACACCCUGGCAUCCUGGCGCAGGGUCCUGGGUGGCCAGUUCACACUGCGGGGCGCAGGCUGUCUCUACAGUCCGAGGGGCUUUGCUUUCCUCUCCGGUGGAGACAGAUGGCCCAGAGGGGAGGCCACUGUUGCUGGAACUGGGGCUCCCCAAACCCAAACCGCGGCAGGGAGAGGGGGCAGAGCCGCCCCAGACCCUGCCCGCCCGCUUGCGCCCUGAAUCGAUUGGUGCAGGCCCAUUAGUGGGGGCAGCUGCGAAGCCACCUCAUCAAUAUUUUAAGGAUGAACGGGCCUUGGGGUCCGGAUCUGCACGCGGGCGGCGGGGCUGAAGCCCGGCCCCUUUGUUUUCUUUUCCAAUUGUCAGUGCUAUUUUUACCACCGGAGGGAGGAAAGCCGCCGCUGUCUCCUCCCCUGUGGGCGAGGGUCUCCAUCUGGGCUCCUGCGGUGGGAUCAGAAGGCAGGCCUGGGUGAGGAAAGCCCGGGAGUGAUGGCAGGGGCAGGGGUGGCCCACCCCGUGGUCCCUGGGGGCCCAGCACUCUGCACAGAACAGGCUUCCUUUGUCCCCCAUGCUAGUCCUCAAGAAGGAAGCCUCUGCAGGUGAGAUGCCACCCUCGCCUGCCGCUGGUCCCCUGUUCAAUAUCCAACCACCGUGACUGCUUCCUCUUUCCUUUCCUUUUAAAUUUUGAGGCAGGUUCUAGCUAAAUCACAGAGUUGCCCAGGCUGGGUUCAAACUUGUCCUCCUCCUGCCUCAGCCUCUCAGAAUUCGGGAGGUCCAGGCAUGUCCCACUAUGACUAGCUCGACUUGGUGACUUUUACCGCUGGCUGUGCAACCCCUGCUUCUUCCUGGCCACUCCCUGUGGGCAGCGAGAUGGUGAGGGCAGGUCAGUGCAGCCCCACUUCUGUCAGCCCAGGUCAGUGUCUGAGUGGGCCCCCACCUGCCAGUCCUCUCCCAGUCCCAAGCCCACCUUGGGCCAGCUGGAAAACCGCCCUCCCUCAUGCCUUCGCCACCAGGAGAGCCUGCCAGGCCUGGUCUGGGACUCCCGCCCUUCCCUCUGUGAGGGCUUUUCCCAGCAGUAUCAGCAUCAGGAAGAGCAGAAGGGACAGGGAAAGACCCCGGGAACGGGCUCACUUCCUGCCUUCCCCAGAAUUGUUUCACAAGGGGGUGGCCACCGCUUUCACCCCUGAUGGUCCCAGUGGCAUAGGCAGAAACAGCGCCCUGCUGGGUGAGUGGCCGGGCCUUGCACUCCCCAGGAAAUGUCACCCUGUGGAUGAGGCGAGGCCUGGACCUGGGCUCUCCACCUUCCCAGAAGGCCACGGUGGUGGUGGUGGUAGGUGUGUUCCCACUUGCACCUCUGGGCAAAGGAACAAUUGCCAGAGCCUCCCUCCACCCACCAGGACUGCCUGUGCCAGCUGGGGACACAACCCUGGAAGCCCAACACCUGGGGCACUUUGCAGCUCGAAGCUUGCUGGAGGGAUACACGGAGGACUGGAGGGGCUCAGUGCAGAUGCUUGUGCCAGCCUGGCAGGGGACCGGGCGAGUCUGGGAAGCCUUCCUGGAGGAAGCGACUCAUGGAUUCACCAUGGAAGGCUGGGUAGGACUUUGUCAGGUGAGGGAGGGAACUGCAGGGCCGGAGGAGGGAGAUAGCUCCCCAAGUUCUCCACUUUAGUGGACUCUGGAUACCACCCCCUAGCUCCCAGUGUCCUGAGAAGCCCUGCCCUAGUCCUUGCUUAGCCUACGGUGGGUUGGGGACCUCUGUCUUCUUAGCAGGCCCUACUCCCUGGAGGACUCCUCUCCCCUGCUGCUGCCCUGACAGGGGUCUUUGAAGACACCUGGUUGCAUGAAAGCUGGGGGCACUUACUCCUCAGGUGGCCCCGUCAGUCCUAAGGUCACAACAGUCCCAAGGAGGGCAUUCCCACAGUGCUUGGAGGAGGAUCUCGGGGAAGUGGGGCAGCUAUUUUUACCUGGCGUUUAAUUACAGGGCUGAGAUCCUGGAGCACUCAGGAGGAGAGAGAGGGGCACCUGGGGAGCAAGGGACCCAGGAGGGUGGGUGCAGCCACAGCCCUCCAGAUCAGUCCUGUCUCCCGACAUGCCUGGCCCCCCAAUGGGCCCAGCACAGGGCCACAUCUCCCCACUUAUUCUCUGCUGCAUUUCACCCUGGCUGGUGUGCCCCAAGGUUGAAGCUUUCUCCCCAAGGGAGAAAGUUGCCAAGUGCCAGGCAGGACGCACACCAUGUAGUUUUCUCAUCCGCGGGGCCAAAGGAAGGGGUGCCUGGCAACAGCAGCUAUGAUGGAAGUAAGUCCUGGGGACCCAGAGUCUUCAGCACUGGUGCAAAACAUUGGUAACUGCUGGGCACGGUGGCACAUGCCUGUAAUCCUAGCACACGAGGAGGCUGAGGCAGGAGGAUCACCAGUUUAAGCCCAGCUGUGCAAUGUAACAACUUAGCAAGGUGCUGUCUCAAACAAGUACUGAGGAUGGUGUAGCUUAGUGCAAAUGCCCUGAGUUCAGUCCCCCAAAACACUAAAAGGUGGGGGGCAUACUUGACUUUGGUGAGAAUCCUAGGCUUGUCAUUAGAAAGCUGUGUGUCCUCAGGCCCAGUGUGAGGAUUGAGGCCGUGACAGCUGUGAUGCACCUGGUGUGCUGAACACAUUCAUUUGUCCAUUCUGUCAGUGUUUACUGAGCACCUGCCACGUGCCCAGCGCUGGGAACACAGCUACACUCGACACAGGACUAGCACAGUUCCCACUGGGUUUUCAAGGAAGAGAGUGGAGGAGGACACACCAAGCCAGUAGAUGUAAGUCAGAUGACAACGAGCAUGGUGGAGAAAAGUGAGCAGGUGUGGGGAUACCAAGAGUCCCCGAUGCAGGGGGAGUGGGAGAAUUAACUAGCCUCAACAGAUCAGUGGGGAAAGGCUAUGCAUCUGAGCAAAACCCCAAAGAGGUAAGGGAAAGAACAUUCCAAGCAUGUGCAAAGGCCCUGGGGUGGGAGUCCAGCUUGCCAGGCUCCAAAUUAGCAAGAAAGUGAGUGCAGCUAGGAAUGAUGGCAGGAGAGAGCAGCUCAAGAGGUAAAUGGUUACUGGUAACACUGGGUCAUCCAGGGCACCAGCAAGACUCUGACUCCUACUCUGAGAGUAAUGGGAACAGCUGCACGAUUCUGAGGGGAGAGUGCUGAUCUGCCUGUAACUGAGAAGUGGCAACUGGGCUCCUUCGUGGAAAGCAGACUUUGGAGGGCUGAGGUCAAGAUGAGGGGUCCGGGUGAAACAGCUGUGAAACCAUGCCGGCAAAAGAUGGGGUGGGAGAGGGCUGGGCCUACCAGACUGCACAGGACUUCUCCCUGUCCCCCCACCUCUUACUGGAGAUCAAACCCAAGGAGGACUUUUGCACUAAGCAGCUACAUCUUCAGACCUCUCCCCACACCCACCCGUUUUAGACAGGGUCAUGCUAGAUUGCCUAGACUGAGUUUGAACUUGCAGUCCUCCUGCCUCAGCCUCCCAGAAUGCAAAGAUUACAGGCCUGAGCCACUAUGCCCGGCUUCUACUGGGUUUUGAGGGUCCUCACAAGAGGUCAGAGAGGGAGUCAUGCCACUGGAGACUACCAGGGACCCCAUUUGAAGACCUCUGCCAUUGCAGCCUCCUGUCCAGCUACAGGAAUGGCCCUGGGGCUCCCUGGAACUAGGGGGGGGGGGCUCCCUGCAGACAGCGCCUCUGUUCUUUAUCUCCCCCCACCCAAGCUGCCCCACCAUGCCGCGCCAGCCCCAGGCUGAGGUCCCAAAGUCACCCGCUGCUCUCCCACAGCCGCAGGGGGCUGCGAUGGGACGGGAGCCAUGAAUGGUGCCGCCGCCGGCCCUAGCGCCGCCCCCGCCGCCCCGGUCCCCGACUGGCGGCAGUUCUGCGAGCUGCACGCUCAGGUGGCCGCCGUGGACUUCGCGCACAAGUUCUGUCGCUUCCUGCGGGACAACCCGGCCUACGACACCCCGGACGCCGGGGCCUCCUUCUCGCGCCACUUCGCCGCCAACUUCCUGGACGCCUUCGGCGAGGAGGUGCGUCGCGUGCUGGUGGCCGCGCCGGCAUCAUCGGCGUCGCGGGGGCCAGCGGAGCACGAAGCCAUGGAGCCAGGGGCGGCGGCGGCGGCGUCCCCAGCCCUCAGGGCGGCCGCCUGCGGCCACUCGCGCAGCUCGGAGGACGUGUCCGGCUCGGCCGCCAAGGCCCGCGCCCGCAAGGGCUUCUCGCUGCGCAACAUGAGCCUGUGCGUGGUGGACGGCGUGCGCGACAUGUGGCACCGGCGCGCCUCCCCCGAGCCCGACGCCAGCGCCGCCCCGCGGGCCGCGGAGCCUCCGGCGGAGCCGCGAGACAAGUGGACCCGGCGCCUGCGGCUGUCGCGGACCCUGGCAGCCAAGGUGGAGCUGGUGGACAUCCAGCGCGAGGGCGCGCUGCGCUUCAUGGUGGCCGACGACGCGGCCACGGGGCCCGGGGGCGCGGCGCAGUGGCAGAAGUGUCGCCUGCUCCUGCGGAGAGCCGUCGCCGGCGAGCGAUUCCGCCUGGAGUUCUUUGUGCCACCCAAGGCCUCCAGACCCAAGGUCAGCAUCCCCCUGUCGGCCAUCAUCGAGGUUCGCACAACCAUGCCCCUGGAGAUGCCGGAGAAGGACAACACAUUUGUGCUCAAGGUAGAGAACGGAGCGGAGUACAUCCUGGAGACCAUCGACUCGCUGCAGAAGCACUCGUGGGUGGCUGACAUCCAGGGCUGCGUGGACCCUGGUGACAGCGAGGAAGAUGCUGAGCUGUCCUGUGCCCAGGGAAGCUGUCUGGCCAGCCGCGUGGCCUCCUGUAGCUGUGAGCUCCUGACAGACGCAGACCUCCCCCGGCCCCCAGAGACAUCAGCAACUGUGGGGACCGUGGUGACAGCCCCACACAGCCGUACACGAGACACGCCUGGAGAGUCCCUGCCACACGUCCCUUUAGAGACCUUCCUUCAGACCCUGGAGUCCCCAAGCACCAGUGGUGGUGACAGCAAUAAUGCAGAAGAGGGUGCUGAGCCAGAUCCUGAGGCAGAAUCCAAGCUGGAACUCUCUGACUACCCCUGGUUCCACGGGACACUCUCACGGGUCAAGGCAGCGCAGCUGGUGCUGGCAGGAGGGCCCCGGAGCCACGGCCUCUUCGUGAUCCGCCAGAGUGAGACUCGGCCGGGAGAGUACGUGCUGACCUUCAACUUCCAGGGCAAAGCCAAGCACCUGCGCCUCUCCCUGAAUGGCCACGGCCAGUGCCACGUGCAACACCUGUGGUUCCAGUCUGUGCUGGACAUGCUUCGACACUUCCACACACAUCCCAUACCCCUGGAGUCAGGGGGCUCCGCCGACAUCACCCUCCGAAGCUAUGUGCGGGCCCAGGGCCCCCCAUCUGACCCGGGACCUUCGCCCAGCGCCGCGCCCGCGGCGUCCGCCUGCUGGGCCGAGCCCGCCACCCAGCCCUACUUCUCCAGCCUGGCCGCGGCCGCCUGCCCUCCUCCCGCCUCGCCCUCGGACGCCGCAGGCGCCUCGUCCUCCUCCGCCUCGUCGUCUUCGGCCGCGUCCGUACCCGCGCCCCCGCGCGUCCCCGAGGGCCCACUCAGCGCGCGCAGCCGCAGCAACAGCGCCGAGCGCCUGCUGGAGGCCGCGGCCGGCUCGGUAGAAGAAAGCGCGGAGGCGGCGCCAGGGCGCACCCGCGCCGUGGAGAACCAGUACUCCUUCUACUAGCGGGGCGCCGCCGGCCGCGGGGAGGGGAGAGGCACGCAGGCCCCGCCCACCGGCGCGGCCCCGCCCACCAGCCCAGCCCCCGCUGGGGGAAAAGCGAAGCUCUUCAGUGAAGACAUAAAUGUUAUUAAAGAGCCUGUUUUAGGGACUGCA